GUUUUCCGGACGGUGUCCAUGUACCGCUCACAUUUGUCAACAGAACAGUGGUAGCUGAUCCCAGUCCAGGUGGUCGAGGGGACUUCGUGGGUUUUAAAUGGCCAACCUCGGACCUGGAGGCAUGGGCAUGUCGAAUCAGAUCGGAGGGCCCAUGCAGAUGAGACAAACCAUGGGGGGACCGCCUCAAGGAAUGCCGCCAGGUGCCAUGGUCGGAGGCAUGGGCGGUACAAUGCCCAUGGGCAGCCCCGGAUCGGUCGGUGGCGUGCUACCCCCUCAUCCUGGGGCAGGACCAGGCCACAUGCAGAAUCAGGGCCCUCCGCAGGGCCAAUCAGCUAGUCAGCAGAACGCGCAGCAAGAAAUACAGCUCCGAUUCGACAAUGUUGCCCGAGUGCGGAUGCUCGUCGGAAGUCUCAAAGAAUCCCUGUCCGAAGUGGUUCGGGUUGCAGCGAUGAAUAUUUACCACACGGCAGCCGUGGACAACGGAAUCCGAGCGUCCUCGGAAGCGGCGCCCCAGCGGCUCGACAAGGCCCUUGAGGAGUUUUUCAAUCUAUGCAAUCAGAUCGAAUUCACGCUGAAAACGAUCCAGGAGUGCGUGUUGCAAGAGAGAGCCUCGCAACGCUACCUACCCAUCCCGGUACAGCCGAAUAGAUACGAGCCCCCGGGUCACCAGGACAUGUUCAUGUCCUACAGUCAGUUCCUUUCCACAAUUGGAUCUCAGAUAGCGUUCGCCAAAGAACUCCAUGAAAUCCUGACAGAGUCUGCGAAUCGACUUCAGCAGCCUCCACCGCCGCAACCAAUGUUCCAUUGACGUUGUUGAGGAAAACCCAAUAACCAAAGUUCCCCUUAUACCGGAUGA